AUGGCUACCUCCGACUCAACCACUGGCUCUCCAACCGGCAACACCACUAUACUCCCUACGCCCACGACGCCGUCGUCCUCCUCUACCAAGCCGGAUUUUCAUCCGGCCCUUGCUGUCACCAAUAUCAAAAACAACAUUCCUUUCAAACUCGAGAUAGACAAGGAUCAUUAUGCUUUGUGGGCUGAAUUGUUUGAGACUCAUGCUCACGCCACUCAGGUGCUCCACCACAUCAUUCCUCAAGCUGACAUGGAGCCUCCUGCGCGCACCGAUGCUUUCUAUGCCCGGUGGGCCACUCUUGACUCUACUGUCAAACAGUGGAUUUAUUCCACCAUCUCCUUUGACCUUCUCUCUACUGUUAUGGAGAAAGGUGCUAUGGCUACUUGGAACCGUAUAGCUUCUAUGUUUGAGGACAAUCAAAACUCCUGUGCUGUCGCUCUCGACUAG